AAGUAGCGCAGCUGCUGCUGCUUCCGUUCCGUCAGUGACGUUUGCGAGGGAGGGAAGGCCGAGAGACGCGAGAGGCGGUUUGGAAGCCUUGGUGGCGCAUGCGCCUGAGUGAGGAGGAGGAAGAAGCUCCUUCUCCUUUUUUCCUCCUCCUCCUCCUCGCGGAAGCAAGCGCAAGAGGGUCGCGCGCGGCAUGGAGGAGGGUCGUGGUCACGUGAUCCUGGAGGGGGACUGGGCCGUCCUGAAGAAGGACGAGGUCUUCAAAGCGGUCGCCGUCCUCAGGCGGAGAAAAAUUAUCUUUGAAAAACAGUGGUUCUACCUUGAUAAUGCCAUUGGGCAUAUCUACGGAACAACGUUUGAAGUGACCAGUGGUGGGAGUCUGCAGCCAAAGAAGAAAGUGGAAGAGGCAGCUACAGAAACAAAAGAAGCAGGUACAGAUAAUCGUAAUAUAGUUGACGAUGGGAAGUCUCAGAAACUGACUCAUGAUGAUAUCAAGGCUUUGAAGGAUAAAGGCAUUAAAGGACAGGAAAUCGUUCAGCAGUUGAUAGAAAACAGCACUACAUUUAGAGACAAGACAGAAUUUGCCCAGGAUAAAUACAUCAAGAAAAAGAAAAAAAAAUAUGAGGCUAUUAUUACAAUUGUAAAGCCGUCUACACGUAUUCUGUCAACAAUGUACUAUGCAAGAGAACCAGGAAAGAUCAACUAUUUGAGAUAUGAUACUCUAGCCCAGAUGCUGACUUGGGGAAACGUCCAUGCUGGCAACAAGAUGAUUGUCAUGGAAACUUGUGCAGGGUUGGUUCUGGGUGCUGUAAUGGAAAGAAUGGGAGGUUAUGGAUCCAUUAUUAAUAUGUAUCCAGGAGGAGGACCUGUUAGAGCUGCCACAAACUGUUUUGGAUUCCCAGACUCCUUUUUCCACACACUUUACGACUUCCCUCUCAGCAAAGUGGACACUGUUCUCUCUGGAACAUUUUCUUCGAAGAUCCUGCCCUCAGAGCCUGAAGACAGUAUAGCAGUGGCAGAAGACAGCAAUGGGUCAGGUGAUGACAAGCAGCAAUCCAUGCAAGACGCAGAUAUGGAAUGCAGUACUGUGUUAGCUAUGGAGAGUAAUCAACUUGAAGAACAAGAAGCAGUGGACAUCCCGACUGAGGGUGAAGCAUUUGACAGUAAUAAAGCAAAGGGAACAGUGUGUGACAAACAAAAGAAGCAAGAGGAGAGAAGGAAAAAGCUAAUAGAGUCUGCUGCUUUGUUGAAGAACAAAGAUGCUGAUGGUUUAAUCAUAGCCAGUCGAUUUCAUCCAGCACCCUUACUACUGUCAUUGUUAGAAUUGGUUGCUCCUUCAAGGCCUUUUGUUGUCUACUGCCAAUAUAAAGAGCCAUUAGUGGAGUGUUACACGAAAUUGAGAGAGAGAGGAGGAGUCAUUAAUCUUAAACUUUCUGAAACAUGGUUGCGGAGCUAUCAGGUUUUGCCAGAUCGAAGUCAUCCCAAAUUGAUGAUGAGUGGUGGCGGUGGGUACCUUUUGACAGGCAUCACUGUUAUAAAUGAGGCUAUAAAAACUGGUGACAAUACAGAACAGGCAGCCAAUGAGCCAACCUCUAAAAAACGUAAACUUGAAGAACACCUUUAACACUUGCAGAAGCUGUUUUUCAUAGGACACAAAUUAUCCUUUUGUUGUAUUAUUAAGUACAUUUAAGAGCUCAGAAGAGUGCACUUUUUUCCUCCAGCUGCUGUCAGGAGGAGGUGAAUAUUAGAGACAUUAUCAGUUAAAAGGAGACUGAAGAAUCACCGUGUCAUAGUUAGCCCAGGCUUGGUAGUGCCGUAACUUGAGAAAUGCAUUUGUUCACCUACUGAACGACUUCAUGGCGUAACAAUCGCUCUUCCUGGAGAUGUUGCCAAAAUGGACUGAAAGUCCAAUCUAUUCUGUACCUGUAUUUUACUCUGGAUUCACAUACUUUGUUUAAAAAUAGCACUGUGUCUAAUCUUACUGCAACUUCCUUUGGUUACAAAUGUCAUGUCCAGUUUCAUCUCAGACCCAUGAAAUUGUUAUUUCACCAGUGACACUGAUGUUGUGAUAUCAUGCUUUUAUCACUGCUAGUGGGGAAGAACAGGACUUUUGAUGCUGCUUGCACAUCAGAUGUAAAUUAUAAAAUUCAUUUGCAUAUAUUACCAUUUUUAAAACAUAAAAGCUGUUUUUCAUCUUUUUUUAAACAAUACACCUUUUGUUAUGUAGAAUUUUAUGUUCUGUAAAACUGCAUUUCAAUAAAUUAUAAGACUUUUUUUUGUAAUA